CCGGGGCAGUCAGUAGCUCACCUGUGCGGGCUUGGAGCAGGCGGCCGCGCUGGGGCCGAGAGCCCAACCCUUACCUUCUGGCCUCCACCGGCGCUCGGGGCAUCCCUGCGGACACCAAUCAGGGCUGAUUGGCAGGCCGGGCUGGCACAACUACAAAAAGUGGGUGGGUUGGCGGGGCCUCAUGUGUGAACAGCGGAGGUGGCUACCCGCAGCUGUCCUUCAGAUGGCUCCUGUGAGCGUCUCUUCUUCCUUCCUCUCCUCCACAGCGGGGUCAGCAGAGCCCCCUGGGAAUGGAAAGCCAGGCCUGAGCUCCAGCAGGGUCAUGGCGGCCCGCCGCCACCCCACAGUGCUGCGCAUGGUGCUGGAGGCCCUGCAGGCAGGGGAGCAGCGCCGUGGUACCUCGGUGGCGGCCAUCAAGCUCUACAUCCUGCACAAGUACCCCUCGGUCGACGUCACCCGCUUCAAGUACCUGCUGAAGCAGGCCCUGGCCACGGGUAUGCGCCGUGGCCUUCUUGCCAGGCCCCUCAACUCCAAGGCCAGGGGCGCCACCGGCAGCUUCAAGCUCGUCUCCAAGUGCCAGAGGAAGCCACAGCGCAGCCGGAAGCCCGCCCAGACGGGGCCUACCGGCUCCAGCAAGAAACGGGACGCAGAGCCAAGCGGCCCAAGGGCUCCCCCGAAACCGGCCAAGGCCCUGGAGACCGCCCCCCAGGGAGGCUGCAGGGCAAAGGGCACUGGGCCACAGCGGGGUGUGGCCAGGAAGGACCCCCCAAAGCCAGCUGGGGCCCCCUCAACUGUCCACAGAUUCGGUGGGAAGCCAAAGGUCCCAGGCAGCCGGGGCAGGCAAGGAGACGCAGGGGCCCCUGGGAAAACUGCAGCCACGGCCCCCAAGGCCGGAAAACGUGCUGCCUCCCCGACAGGCAGGAAGCCAGCAAUAAAGUCUGCCCCAGGACCCCGACCCAAACCCAAAGCCACUGCUGCCACCAAAGCUACCGCUGCCCCCAAAGCCCCUGCUGCCCCCAAAGCCAUCACUGCUCCCAAGGCUGGGGGCCCCAGGACGGGGACUGUGUCUCCAGUCAGGAAGGCUGGGGGCCCAGGGAGGCCCAGGCCACUGGUCAAGGGCUCAUCCUCAUCGUCCUCAGAGCCCAGGAGCUAGAGGCCAGUGGGACAGCGGGUAGCUGGGCUGGAGUUUUUAUCCCUCCAAAGCAUUGCACUAUUUAUUUAACCCUGACUUAUUUAUCAAACCCUGACAUACUUAUCAAUAAAGA